AGAUUUAAUGAUACGUAUAUAACACCGGGAUGUAUAUGAGAGGAAGAAAAAGAAAUCAAACCUCAUGAGGAAGCCUAUGAUGACCUACCAGGUAGCCCAACAGGUUCACCAAUGUCUUGUUAUUCCUGAUGGAAGUACUUCGAGUUCUGAAAGAAUACAGCAAAGUAGAGUCGUCAAGGAUGAUGGUCAACUUAGAUUUAAUGAUACGUAUAUAACACCGAUAAGAAAUCGACCUCAUGAGGAUGACUUACCAGGUAGCCCAAACAUGUUUAGCAAUGUCUUUUUAUUCCCGAUGGAAGUACUUCGAGUUCUGAAAGAAUACAGCAAAGUAGACUCGUUGGAAAUUCUUCGCAAAACACGUUGGGAACUGAUAACGAUGGAUAUUUACAUCUAUUUCCUUGACAUAAAAAUUUGGAUUGCUAAUAUAUACAUGUAUCAUUACUAA